UUAAUAUGAUAAGAAUAAUGUGCUCGUGAUGUUGCAAAUACGCAGGAUCAGCAGAAAAACGUUAGCAUCAGUAAAGAUACUCAAAUAUCCCAAGUGCUUUCAGACUGAAGUAAAGUCCUAUUUCCGGAAGCGCUUCGGUUAUUUGGGUUUCUUUUCUGAUAACAAUAAUUAUGUAGAUGAUGAAUCAUAUAUAGGCCUAAGCUGUACACAACUGGUUAAAAGGGAGACUGAGAAAAGUGUUGUUCAUUUGAGGCAUCAUGAGAAAUGUGUUGAGAUUCUUCCUUGCAGUUUCAUGCAUUCUUUUGGGGUCACUGACCAUUACAUAGAACUCAUAGUGCAUACUGGAGGGAUAGAGACAUUUUGUAACCCUUGUUGUCUAUCUAAAAGUGUCAUGGAAGUUGAAGAUGAUUUUAGGGAACAAGAUAGUGGUCAGCAUCGAGUCCAUUUCAAUGAAGAAUCGGAUCAUUUUGGCCAUGAUGCAAAUAUUAUUGUUCAUCCUUUGAAUAACAUGCAUAUUAAUGUUCAUCUGGGAUUUUUACAG